AGGCAUACCAAGCCAGCCCAAUUAGUCCGAUCCAAUUCUUUACAUUUCUUUCUCUUUCCCCCAUGGGUUGUCCAACCAACCAUCAACGCUCUCUUUUGUUGCCAAGCAAUCAUUCGAGAAUUUAUCCCUUCAUGAAAUUCUCUUCGCACACCUUUCCUUUCAUCUCUUUCUCCUCCUCCUCCAUUUCAACAUGUCUAACUGCACAGUGGAGUCUUCCAUGGUCGAAGCCAUUGACGGAGUCAAGCUUAAAACAAGGCUUUUCAAACCCACUGGAGAGAUUAAACACGAUUUGGUCAUCGUUCUUGUCCAUCCCUACUCCGUUUUGGGUGGCUGCCAGGGCCUGUUGAAAGGUAUUGCUUCUGGAUUAGCGGAAAAGGGUUUUAGAGCAGUGACCUUUGACAUGAGAGGCGUUGGAAGUUCCACGGGGAGGCCAUCCCUCACUGGGUUUUCAGAAAUUAAGGAUGUUAUUGGAGUCUGCAAAUGGGUCUGUGAGAAUCUGUCUGUUGAUAAGAUUCUAUUGGUGGGUUCUUCCGCAGGGGCACCAAUAGCAGGUUCUGCGGUAGAUCAGAUUGAACAAGUCAUUGGCUAUGUGAGCAUAGGUUAUCCAUUUGGCAUGACUGCUUCUAUCCUUUUUGGAAGACACCACAAAGCCAUACUGCAAUCCUCAAAACCGAAGCUCUUCAUUAUGGGAACUCAGGAUGGAUUCACCAGUGUGAAGCAGCUCAAAAACAAGCUUAUUUCUGCAGCAGGACGCGCAGAGACGCACCUUAUUGAUGGGGUUGGACACUUCCAGAUGGAAGGGCCUGCUUUUGAUGCCCAGAUGGUAGAUCUCAUUGUUCAAUUUAUUGCAUCAUUGUAACUUGAAAGACAAACUACUAAAAUCUUUGCUGCUAUUGAGAUUACCGCUUCUUUCUGUGGGUAUAAAAAACUGUGUACAUAACGCAACUUUCUUGUUCGUUCUACUGGAGAUUAGACAGUUUGUUUAUGUUCCCUGCCA